UGGUGAAAUUUGACUUGGACAAUGGAGAGUGUUGCUGUUUCCACAUAGAAACAUGAAUACGUAGAAUAACACCCCAUCAUACAUCCCUCUCCCCACCCACUAAUACGCAGAGGAGCCGCUCCACAGAAACCAGAUGAACCACACACCUAAGGAGGCAAACAGGAAGAGCAGUAGAAGCUGGUUGGUAGCCACGGCAGCAGGAGCAGUUUCAGAGAGCCGACCAAUCCAGGGGGGCCUUCACCUCUCCACCCUAACCCAGACCAGAUCAGACCAGUCCAGACCAGAUCCAGGCCAAGACCCAGACCAGACUCAAACCAGACCAGUCCAGACCAAGUCGUUUAAGAGACGGUGUAACAGACUGAGAGAUGAGGGGCAGGGCUCUCUGACCCCUGACAAGGUGGUGUAACCUCUGACCCCUGACAAGGUGGUGUAACCUCUGACCCCUGUGGCUCCUCCGAUGUUCUCCAGAAAGCACAGCCUUCCCUCCCCCAGCUUGGAAGACUCCUUCUUUCCCCUCUCCUCCACUUCCUCCCACUCUCUCUCUCUCGCUCAACCCUCCUCCUCUUCCUCCUCCUGCUGCCAGGGUGGGAGGGGCUCCAUGGGGAAGGCGGGGUUAGAGGCGGGGCUGGAGGCGGGUUUGGAGACAGAUCUGAUCCUGGCUGCUGAGUUGGGCCAGGCUCUGUUGGAGAGGAAUGAAGAGCUGGCCGAGGCACUGACACAGAGAGACAGAGAGGUAGAGGUCCUGCAGCAGGAGAAGCAUGUUCUCCAGAGGAGGCUGGAGGUAUGUGAGCUGUCGUCAGGACAGAGAGAGGCUGAGCUAACCUCCGACCUCUCCUCCUUACUGGCCGAGCUGGACCGACAUCAAAGCCGGGGGCAGGGCAAGAAGCGGGAGGAGAACAAACAGCUGACUGAGCUGGCCAAUCACAACCAACGCCUGGUGGAAGAGAUGGCAGAGGCGGUGUCAGUAGAACACUCAUUGCGUGUGGAACUCCGUUCACUCCGAGAAGAGAUGGAAGACUCCUCCUUCAGCACAACCAUCAGUUCUACACAGCUAGACAACAUACAGGCAGAGAACAGGGUGUUGAAGGAGAGGCUUGGUAAUAUGAAGAAACAGUUGAAGUUGUUGCAGGAGGACUGUGAUAGGCUGAGGGGAGAGAAGGAGUGGCAGAGAGACAUACUGACUGAUCUACAGACCAAUCUGAAAGAGAAAGAAGCCCAGUUGGAGCAGGAACAGAGCGUGGUGUUUGAGUUGCGGACACUGAGCCGUUCUCUAGAGCAGAGCGUCCAGAGGCUGGGAGAGGACAGCAGUCUGGUCGACCCUCUGUCCCUGCUCAGUGAGAUCCAGCAGACUCAGGCUACAGAGACACUGUUGGCCCACUCAACCAUCUUACAAGACAGAGACACACUGAGAGAAGAGCUGUGCUCCAGAGAGGCGGAGCUUUGUUCUUUGAGGGAGGAGCUAAAACCAUUCAGGAGCACUCAAGGAAAACCCAGCUACAGCUCCCUGGAGAGCGAGGUGAGUAUGGUGCGUGCGGAGAGAGACAGUCUGAUCCAGCAGCUGCUGAACACCGUUCAACACAAGGUGGCGCUGUCGCAGGAGGUCGAUGCUUGGCAGGAGGACAUGCGGCUGCUGAUAAGUCAACAGGUGCAGCAUCAGGAGAAAGAGAGAGAAAAGGAACGAGAGAGAGAGAGAGAGAGGAAGGCGGGGCUGCAGAGAAGCCGGUCCAUGAGAGUCAGAGGAGAGAGAGGGAAGGGAGGAUUCUUCUCUUCUCUCUUUAAAGGGGAGGAAUAGAAAGAUGGAAGGAUAGAGAAAUGGGGGGAGAGAGGGAAAGAGAGGACAGGUGUUUGAUGUCAAUAUUGAAAUAUAGAUCACAUGGUUAAACAUUUAGUUUAUACUGUAAUGUUUUACACAUUCGAAAGUCUCUCAGCCCAGCAAAUGAGUUGCUGUAUGUGAGGAUGCUGGGGUAUGCUGAGGGAGAGGUUUUGGUGAGGCGGGUCUGUUAUGGGGUGCACUGUCUGUGUUCAUCCAAAUAAAUUACAACUUGAUUAUUUUAUGGGAAAUCAGUGUCCUAGACUGUUUCUUUUGUUUUUUUGUUAGAUUUUUUUUUUAUAUAUAUUUUUUUAUAUAACUCCCCUUUAUUACUUUUCA